AUGGCAGAUGGUGAACGAAGUUAUCCAACACUUCGGCGUCAGCGUAUCAAUAUUCAAAGGGUACAACACAUUGUUCUCAUUUGGUUAGAUAGCAAUAUUGAUAAAAACAGCGAAGAUUGUCAAGAUACGAUGAGGAAACUUCAGCGUGCUGUUAAUAAUGUUCAUAUGUUUAUGGAUAGUGAUCAAUGCAUUGAAUUUAUUCAAACAAUUCAUGAAAAUAAAGUAUUCGUGAUUAUGCCGGGAUUUCUUGGUCAACAUAUUGUGCCAUGCGUUCACAAUAUCUCUCAAGUCGAUUCUAUUUUUAUUCUUUGUGGCAACGAAACACGACAUCAACGAUGGACAAAGGAUUGGCCGAAGGUCAAAGGUGUCUUUACGGAACUAACACCGAUUUGUGACGCAUUGAAACAAGUUGCUCAUCAAUGUGAACAAAAUGCUAUUUCGCUGACCUUUAUGACACCGAACAAAAAAUUAGAUCAAUUAGAUCCGUCUUUUAUGUACACGAUGAUUCUCAAAGACAUACUUUUAUGCAUGGACUUUGAAGAACAACAUCUCAAAGAAUUCCUUUGCUAUUGUCGCGAUAUUUUUGUCGACAACAAAGACGAACUGAGUCAUAUAGAAGAAUUGGAACAUCGGUAUGGCAGUAAGUCACCGAUUUGGUGGUAUACGUAUGAAUGCUUUCUAUAUCCUAUGCUCAAUCGUGCGCUACGAAUGAUGGAUGGAGAUAUUAUCUUGCGAAUUGCUUUCUUCAUAAGAGAUCUUCAUCAAAAUAUUGCAGAACUAAAUGCAGAGCAGUUUGAGGGUCGGUAUUGUCCAGCGUCGUUUAAAGUCUUUCGUGGUCAAGGUUUAUCGAAAACAGAUUUUGAACAAAUGUCAAAAAGUAAAGGCGGAUUAAUCUCAUUCAAUAACUUUCUAUCGACCAGUAAGAAACGUGAAGUUUCACUUAGUUUUGCUCAACAAGCUGCGGUAAAUCCAGAUUUGGUAGGAAUUCUUUUUAUUAUGGAAGUCAAUCCCAUUCAAUCAACAAUUCCAUUUGCUUCCAUUCGUGAUGUCAGUUACUUCAGCAUGGAAGAAGAAGUUUUAUUCUCGAUGAAUUCGGUGUUUCGAAUUCAUGACAUUCAACCAAUAAAUGAAAAGAAUCGACUAUUCGAAGUAGCUCUGACACUUACUAAUGAUGACGAUGAAGACCUAUCUGCACUCACUUACAGCAUUCGAGAUGAAAUUCCAUCAUGUGAAGGUGGAUGGAGACCAUUGGCCUUCAUAUUGGAGAAAAUGGGUCAAUUCGACAAAGCUGAAGAAGUCUAUCAAUUUAUAUUAAAAGAAACUGAGUACGAACUAGGCAAAGGAUCUCUACGUCAUGCACUUGGAAGAAUUAAAUUCGCUCAAGGAAAUUUUCAAGAAGCUAUCAUGUAUUAUGAAAAAGCAAUCAACAUCUAUCAAGCAGAAUUUUCUCCCUCUAGUCCUAAUUUAUUUGAUAUGUACAAUAAUAUCGGUAAAGCAUAUGGUGCAAUAGGUGAACAUUCAACAGCUCUUGAUUAUUUUCAAAAAGCUAUUCACAUUCGACAACAAUCAGGUCUUCUCGAUCAUCCAGACUUGGCUUCUUCCUACAAUAACAUUGGUACUGUGUAUUAUACUAUGGGCAAUUACUCCGAAGCUCUGGCAUCGCAUGAAAAGGCUCUCAGUAUUCGACAACAAUCACUACCGACGAACCAUCCUGAUUUAGCUGUGUCUUUUAACGAUGUCGGCUCAGUGUACGAAAGUAUGGCUGAGUACGCAAAGGCUCAUUCAUGUUUCGAGCGAGCUGUGGAGAUUGGACAACAUUCACUACCCUCGAAUCAUCCUAUGCUUCUAAAAUACAAGACGGAUCUCGAACGUUUGAAGCCAAAACUGUAA